UGGCUAAGAAAAAUUAGAAACAGAAGAAAUAUAUCAAUAACUUAAGCUAUAACUCAAAAGUCUUUCAUAAAACAUUAAAAAAUCAUAACCUGAAAAGGGGGUUCACUGAAGCAAAUAAUAGCAAUGGCCUCAACCUCUUCCUCAGCUCUCACUAUAUCCUCUUCAUCCACCCUUGUUGAUGGCAAGGCUCCAAGACAAUCACAAGCUUCUUCCACACAAUGUGUGAGCCUUCCCACUCUUCCCCCUCCACCUUUGCAGUCUCAGAAUCGUCCAUGGAAGACCACUACUUAUUGUCGCAAGAUUGCUCGCAAUGUUAUGGCAAUGGCCACAGGAGAUGCAACAGAAGUUGCCACAACUGAGGUGCCAGAGUUUGUCAAGACUCUUCAAGAAGCUUGGGACAAAGUUGAAGAUAAAUAUGCAGUGAGUUCACUAGCAGUAGCUGGUGUGGUUGUAUUGUGGGGCUCAACUGGGUUGAUCUCAGCAAUUGAUAGGCUUCCUUUAAUUCCUGGGGUUGUUGAGGUAGUAGGCAUUGGCUACACUGGGUGGUUUGCUUACAAGAACUUAGUUUUCAAGCCAGACAGGGAAGCUUUGAUACAGAAAAUAAAAGACACAUAUAAUGAAAUAAUUGGGAGCACCUAAGAGAGAUGGGAAAUGCUGAGAUGCUGUUGACAUGAAAGAGUUCUAUCUUGCAGCAUUCUGUUGAAGGUCAUCAUGCUUCAUUUUGUCGCCAUAAGCUUCUGACCUUACUUUAUUCCAUCCAAUGUAAUAUGUUUGGAACAAAAUUGUAACUUUAUUAAUCCACUUUAAGACACUCAUUUCCUCUAUUAUCCGUAGUGGUUGGUUAUAAGGAUAUGAAAAUUCAAUUGAGUUCCUAGAGCUGAAUUCAUGACUUCAAUGAAUGUGUUAGAGCAUGCAUGUCCACAAAAAGUAUUCAACGGAAGAUGUUGUUCAGAAUUUAAGAUUAGCUAAAUGGGGAUCCUUAGUUACUUUAUCCUAUGAAUAUCGUUCCCUCGUUUGUCCUA